CGUUUCGGGUAGGGGUUGUUGAAUGAGUAGCGGGACGACCGACGUCGCGACGCACUCCGUCACAGCCACCCUGACGGGGAACGGAUGUCCGAGUGCUCCGUAGCCAGCGACUCGAACUGAAAACGUGCGCCCGAGUUUCUACGAGGAACCAAAAGGACGACGAAACGAACGGUCGUGUGUGUUUCGACGAAUCGAAGGACAGAAAGGGAACACCGCGCCGCUGUAUCGAAACUACGAAUCGUUUCACGGAAGUGGAAACGUAGAACGAACACGAAAUCGAACGAGAAGUUAUUCGAAUGAUAAUCGCAGAAAAAAUGUUAUUUGCAACCGUCGUUUUAGCCGCCAUCUUCGCGUCCUGUCAAUGUAUACCACUGAUCGCUUCGAGAAAUACAUUGGAACAGGACGCGUUGGAUGCUGUAAUCGCGUCUGGGUGUUCGCCCAAUGGAGGCUGUUGGGAAUGGCUACCGGUACGAGAAGCUCGUGAAAAUAUCGCUACUUUGCCAGAAGACAUUCCACUACCGAAAAUGCAAAUGCGACGAGAGGCAUUGCACGGGGAUCCAAACGCAAUAAUAGAAUCAUGGAACGAUGACGAUCCAACGGUAGAUAAGAGAGUUCGGUCAUUGUCAACGAUUGCCAAAAAAAUUGAAAAUGGAACGUCGAAGAAGGAUGUACUUACGUCUCGUAGCAGGGGAGCUGUUGGAAUGCCCUUUUCUGUUUUAUAUAUGAAUCAACACAGUCAUCGGGGUAAUUAUAACAGCACUGCACAACAGCAACAACAGGUGGCGAAAACGACGGAGACUUCAGCGCCAUCUGCGGGUCACCCUAACUAUCGAAUCGCGAUACGCAAUGGUGCACCUUCCCAGCCAAGAAGACAAUACUCAAUAAUACCACAGUUAUUUAUAUCGUAUGGAUGGGGCCCAUUUGGAAAAUGAAGAGAACCGACUACUUGGAACAUUACAAUAUAAAUAUCGAUCUCAUAAUUUCGGUGCACAAAGCACCCGUUGAAAUUCCGAGUUUCAUACUUUAAAACAGUGACAUACUCCGAUAAAAUCUCUAUUCGCAUAAAAUAUACUCGUUAAUAUAAAUUGCACCAUAAAACGAUUCUUUUUUUCUUCUUUCGAAUUGUUCACUGUUCUAACAUUUUGUAAAUAUUAUUUAAAUCAUUUUAGUCUAGUUAAUAUCGUUAAUGAGGAAUGACUAUGCUUAAAUUUAAUUUUUUAGAAUAAA